ACCACCACAAGUGCUGGACUGGCGGUCUGUUCGCAUUGUCCUUGUGUCAGCAGUCUUCCCUCGCACUACCUCCUAUAAUAAUUAUGGCUCCUUUGCCGUGGGGAAAAGAGGUGGAGGUAGCCUUAAUUGGUUUUAUUAGAAGAGCCAGCCCUGUGGAACAUCAGAGACAAGAUGUACACAAAGAAGAGCCUCAAAUGAGAAUUAUUCAUGAGGAUAGCGGCAACGCUCAAGGAAUUGUUUCCUGAUGUGGAAAAUAUUAUGCCAGAAAAUGUGCAGAUCAAAUUCGCCAACCUGCGGACCACGUACAGGCGUGUACUAAAAAAGAGCAAAACGUCAAAGAGUGACACCAGCCCUCAGUGGUAUCUGUUGGAGCACAUGCACUUCAUGGAUGAUGUCAUCGAACCUGGACCUAGUGUAGCAACAGCCACAUUUGAGGAAGAAGCAUCAACCAGCGACUGCCUACCCUCCUGGGACAGCCCUAAUGUGGCCAUGUCAGUGGGUGACACCUCGCCACUAGAGGAAGAAGAAGAGGAAGAAGAAGCAACACACAUAUCACUACACUUACAUUCACAGUCACAAACAAGCACAUCAACACCAUCACCACCCACACCCACACAAACACCAAAACCAGCCAGGAAAAGAAAACACAGCCCCACAACAGACACUACAGCAGACACAACCAAUAUACUCAAUGCCAUGGCAAGUAGUCUGUCUGACUUAAAAAAAACCAAAUCUUUUGCCACAGCAGCUGGCAGAGCAUGCAUGUGAGGGCUUACCUUAUCCAAAGCAGGUUCAGUUUGUCAGUGAUUUGGGUGUCUUUA